UUCCUGUCAGUUCAGAUUGGAAAUUCUGAAUAGGUAAUUCCAGAUUCUCUGGAACAUUGCGUCCUUUUGUUCAAAAAAAUGGAAAUUCCUGUCUCAGCAGGUAGUGGCGUUGUGUCGAUGUAAUUGGUCUAAUCAACUAUUACCCCAGACUAUUGUCCUGGGGAGGUGUGUUCAAAUCCCAGCAGGCCAGAUAAAUGUGAAAACUAAGUCAUUAAGAAACUGUACUUAAAAAAUGGACUCUCUGUCAAUUACUGUAAACCCCACCGCGAUCACUGCUGUCCUUUAGGGAGGGAAAACUGCCGCCAUGCCCCAGUUGGACCGGCAUCUGACUCCAGACCCACAACAAUGUAAGAUAACAAGGUGUAGAGCUGGAUGAACACAGCAGGCCAAGCAGCAUGUAGUUGAAUCUUCACCGCCCUCUGGACAAUGAGGGAUGGACAGUAAAUACUGGCCUCCCCAGGGAUGACUACAUAACAUAAAAUGUUUUUAUGAAAAACCUCCUUCCCGAACUGAAGUACAAAUGAAUUCUGGGUCAAUUCCUCGCCUUUGAACAAAUUUGUACAACCAGAAACGGGCCUUGGCAUCUGAAUGUCAUACUCACUCCGCGCAUGCUUCAGUUCCGGGGUGAUUGACGGCACGCAUGGCCUAUAGAAAGAGGGGCAGCCCGGUUAUCUUUCCGGGAUUGGCUGGGCCUCGAACCAAUCAGAGUGAACAAUUUACCGGAGCCAGGCAGUUUACAGAGUAUGCGCAAUAUGAGUGCCUGAACCGGAAGGAGGCGGUGGGUUGAAAGUGUGAGACGGAGCUGGAGAGAGGGACCUGGUGGUUUCACGAACAACAUGGUGAAACUCCAGGAAACUGCUUUUACAUGGUGUUAGACUGAAGAGAUUUACACAGAGCAAGCUCAAACCAACAGCAACGUUUGUCUCUCCUGGACUGAGACGGACAGUGCUUUGAAGCGGCUGGUUAUUGAAGACCAAAGAUGCUGCCAGACCUGCUGAGCUUCUCCAGCACUUUGUUUUUGUUCCUGAUUUACAGCAUCUGCAGUUCUUUCGGUUUUUCUUGAUUUAAAUUGGUUCAACAGAGAAUCACAGAGCCAAAUUUAUCAGCAAGAAUUCUAAACAAACAUCCCACCAAGAUCUGAGAGUGAGUCAAUUAAUCAGGACUUGAAAAACAUUUGAUUUUCAAUGUUUAUCUGUUCUGUCUGUUGGAAAUCUUUUCCAACAUCAGUGUGACUGGAAAUGAACCAAGACAUAUCCACCCAGAUGAGUGUUUCAGUGAACUGACUGUGGACAGGUCUUGAACCAGUUACACAGCCUGAAUAACAUCACACCAUUCACAGUGGGGAGAAACUGUAUUACUGUCCUGUGUAUGGGAGAGGAGUCAGCUGAUCAUCCAAUAUGGAUAGACACGAGGACAUCUGCAUGAUGGAGAAACUAUGGAAAUGUGCGGACUGUGGGAAGGGAUUCAAGUACCCAUCCCAGCUGGAAACUCAUCGACGCAUUCACAGUGGGGAGAGGCCAUUCAUCUGCUGUGCUUGUGGGACGGGGUUCUGGCGGUUAUCUUCCCUUCGGAAACAUAAACGCACUCACACUGGGGAGAGGCCAUUCACCUGCCCUGAGUAUGGACAAGCAUUCAGUGACUCAUCCACCCUGUGGAGGCACCAGCGAGUGCACACUGGGGAGAAGCCAUUCAUCUGCACAGAAUGUGGGAAGGAAUUCACCCGAUCAGCCAACCUGCUGAAACACCAGCGAGUUCAUACGGGGGAGAGACCAUUCAUCUGCCCUGACUGUGGGAAGGGGUUCAGUGGCUCAUCCAACCUACUGGCACACCAGCGGGUUCACACUAGAGAGAAGCCAUUCAUCUGCUCAGAGUGUGGAAAGGGAUUCAGUGACUCAUCCAGCCUGUCAAGACACCAGCGAGUUCACACUGGGGAAAGGCCAUUCAUCUGUCCCGAGUGUGGAAAGGGAUUCACUCGGUCAGCCCACCUGCUGAAACACCAGCGAGCUCACACUGGCGACAGACCAUUUGUCUGCCUCGAGUGUGGGGAAGGAAUUCAGUGACUCAUCCUACCUGUUGACACAUCAGCGAGUUCACACUAGGGAGAGGCCAUUCCCCUGCUCCGAGUGCGGCAAGGCAUUCUCUCAGUUAUCCCACUUUAAGGUACACCAACUGGUUCACACUGAUGAGAGACCUUUCAAAUGUUCGCACUGUGAGAAGACGUUUAAACGCAGAUAUGACAUGCGGACACACCAAUGCAGUCACAAUGAGGAGAGGCCUUUCCCCAGCUCUGUGUGUCGAAAGUAAUUUGGCUGUUCACAAAACUUGGAGACACCAGUGAAUACACAGUGGUGAGAAUUUGUUACCCGAUCCCUCUGUAGGAAAGGCUUUACUCGGUCGUCCCACCUGCUGGGACACCAACGAGUUCACAAAUGACUGCAGGUUCUUACUAAAACUUUGAUCCAUCCCCCUGGAGGACCAGGAAGCAAAUGCAGUAGAACAGGGAAAUAUGCGGUGCUUGUGAUGUGACAUGGGGAGGCCAGCAAAGGAUGACACUGUAUCACUUUGAACACCAGAGAGAAAGACUGUGACUCUGAUUCAUCACGUUUUAAUUCACUCAUUUGAAGUAUGCCCCAUUGCAAGCAGAGCUUGAUGCACAGACAUACACACUCGUGUACAGAGGCACAAAAACAGAUUCACAGAUACACACAGACGUUGUGUGGAAUUUGCACGUUCUCCUUGUGUCUGUGUGGGUUUCCUUGCACAGUCCGAAGAUGUGCUGGUUAGGUGAAUUGGCACUGUGAAAUGCAGGGUUGUAGCAAUAAGGUAUGGGUGUGGGUCUAGGUAAGAUGCUGUUUGGAGGGUCAAUGCGGACUUUACGGGCCAGAUGGCCUGCUUCCACACUGUAGGGAUUCUAAGACUUACAGAUAUACUCUUCCGGGACAGUGUGUCCUAUUGCAGACAGCAGGUCAUACAGACACAGGCAGAAACACAUACACAUAUAAAUAUGGAUGUGAAUAUAAAGAUACACACAGACAUAAUGUCCCUUGAUAAUGCCAGGGUUGAUGCGUUUCAUAAACUCAGGUUCACUUGUACAGUAAAUGUGUGCAAUCACUGUUUGUAAAAUAGAUUGAUUCAUUUGUAGAAUUCUCAAACUCAUUAAAAGUAAACUUGCUGACUUGUUCA